GUAAUAUCUUUCAUUGUAUGGAAGUGAUAUUCAGGAAUUCUUCGCGUUUAUUCGUAUGCUUACUCCUUUUUCGAUUUUUUAAUGCUUUAUUAAUACAAACAUCUUAUGUACCAGAUGAAUAUUGGCAAUCUAUUGAAGUCGCACACAAAUGGGUGUUUGGAUAUGGAGCACUCACUUGGGAAUGGGAACCAAAAAUCGCACUUCGGAGUCCUGUUCAUCCGCUUUUGAUUAGCUUCAUCUAUAAAGUGAUUGCUACUCUUGGUGCUGAUUCACAGUGGAUGAUAAUGAAAUCACCUCAAAUUCUACAUGGUUUUUUUGCAGCUAUUGCUGAUUUUCACUUGUAUAAGCUCAUCAAUCAGCUGUCUGGGUUUGAAAUAGCCAAAUGGACAUUGUUUCAUCAUGUUUGUAAUUGGUUUACUAUAUAUUGUGCUCCACGAAGUCUAUCAAAUUGUAUUGAAUGGUGUUUAUGCAUAAUUGGCUUAUCCUAUUAUCCAUGGAAUGUGAUAUGCUUCACAGAUCAACAGUUUAUUCAAUUAACCGCAUCCAACUAUCAUAAUCGACCGAAAUGGCUCAUUUUUAUUGCAGUAGUCAGUGUUCUAAUACGUCCAACAGCUUUGAUUAUUUGGUUCCCUUUGUGUUUUUGGCAUAUAUGGCGAAAGUGUAUGAUAGCUAGUACACUAGAUAAGGAUAAUAAACAUGAUCUUAAAGAAUAUCAAGAGCAUUCUAGGACAAAAUUGUUUGUAAACCAUCUUAUCUAUCAGAUCGGGAUUUACUUAAGUAUAAUUAUCCCGUGUUUUGCAUUCUCUUGCGUUCUGGAUCGUUGGACAUUUAAUCAGUGGAUAAUCAACCAGUGGAAUUUCAUUAAGUUCAAUCUUUUUUCUGGAGGAUCACGAUUUUAUGCCGUUCAGCCUUGGCACUGGUACUUAUCCCAAGGAUUUGUGGCUAUGUUGUUAACGCAAACACCUUUGGUGGUAACCUUUAUUGUUAUGUAUUUUAAAUAUGGUCCGGGUUUUGUAAGAGAUCUCACGGAAGAGAGAAAGAAGAUAGACUAUUCAAACAACUCCAGCAAUCAGAUGUUUCGUGAUCCAUGUGGUUUGUGUAUUAUUGUCAUGAUAUGGAUUAUAAUAUCUUAUAGUUUCCUUCCGCACAAAGAAUUCAGAUUUAUCUUCCCAUCAAUCCCGCUAGCUAUGUAUUUCUCUGGUAUUAUAUCAGUGUGGUUCGUUCGUUACGGAUUCAAACUGAAAUUUUUACACAGUCAGAAUACCCGACGCCAGUAUUUGGUGUCAUUCAUAAUUUUGACACAUGUUCCAUUGGCACUAUAUACAUGUUUAGUGCAUCAACGUGGUGGACUUGAUUCAAUAAAAUUUUUGGACCAACAAAUCUUGAAAAGUCAACUUAGAAAUGAAGCUGUAAUUGCUCUGAACUUGAUGCCGUGUCAUACGGUCCCAUCAGUAGGAUAUCUACAUCGAAACAUUUCUUUCAAACAACUGUCAUGUGAUCCAGAUUUGACAAAACUGAUAUCAGACAGUUAUCGUUAUAUCGAUGAGGCUGAUAUGUUCUAUGAUGACCCAAGAUCUUGGUUGGAAAACUACUUUUCGUUAAACGAUGGAGCGAAUAGUCAUUUCCAAAAACCAAGGUUUAUAUUUAUGUUCGAUCACCUGAUUAAUAAAUACAAAUAUGUACACACACUUUUACUGUCCUGGAACUACAAAUUAUGUAAAGAGCUGUUUUUCUCUCACAUACUAACUCAUUCUCGAUAUGGUCAAAGUAUACUUGUUUACUGUCUAGAUUAUAUGUGACUUCACUUUUCCACUAGGAUUUUCCUCAUUUUUGUUUAAAAACUAACCGAACGAAAUAAACUGGAAUAUUACGUAUAAAACGACCAAAAUCUACGUUAUUCGGUUCAAGAUACACUGAAGUACUAUGAAUUUCGGACUACACCU